UGGACAACCCUGUCAAUCACAUUGAUUAUCUCAGCUGAUUGGUCAGGGUUAUGGUUGUUUUCCCGCCCCUGCGGGUUGAGCCCUCCCUCUCCUCGUGCCUCCUAGAACCUUCCAGGCUGAAGCUUUCCUGCACGCUGUCAAAAUGAUGGGCCAGCAGGUUUUAGUACUCAACCAGAACAUAAAGAGAGAGUCGGGCCGUAAAGUCCAGACCGGAAACAUCAGCGCUGCUAAGACCAUCGCAGAUGUGAUCCGGACCUGCCUCGGCCCGCGGGCCAUGAUGAAGAUGUUGCUCGACCCGAUGGGAGGAAUCGUGAUGACCAACGAUGGAAACGCCAUCCUCAGAGAGAUCCAGGUUCAGCAUCCUGCCGCCAAGUCGAUGAUCGAGAUCAGCCGCACGCAGGACGAAGAGGUGGGAGACGGGACCACGUCCGUCAUCAUCCUGGCCGGGGAGAUGCUGUCUGUAGCGGAGCAGUUUCUGGAGCAGCAGAUGCACCCGACGGUCGUCAUCGCCGCCUACAGACAGGCUCUGGACGACAUCCUGGACACUCUGAAGGAGAUCAGCACCCCCGUGGACACAUCAGACCGCUCCAUGAUGCUGAAGAUCGUCCACUCUGCCAUCAACACCAAGGCUCUGAGCCGCUGGUCUGAGAUGGCGUGUGUCAUCGCUCUGGACGCCGUCCGCACCGUGGAGCUCGAAGACAACGGACGCAAAGAGAUCGACAUCAAGAAGUACGCCAAAGUGGAGAAGGUUCCCGGUGGGUUCAUCGAGGACUCGUGCGUGCUGAGAGGCGUGAUGGUGAACAAAGACGUGACGCACCCGAGGAUGAGACGCAUGAUCAAAGAGCCGCGAAUCAUCCUGCUGGACUGUUCCCUGGAGUACAAGAAGGGAGAGAGCCAGACGGACAUAGAGAUCAGUAAGGAGGAAGACUUUGCUAGAAUCCUGCAGAUGGAGGAAGAAUACAUCCAGCAGAUCUGUGAGGACAUCAUCCGCCUGAAACCAGACCUGCUGUUCACAGAGAAGGGCGUCUCAGAUCUGGCUCAGCACUACCUGAUGAAGGCGAACAUUACCGCCAUCCGCCGCGUGAGGAAGACCGACAACAACCGCAUCGCCAGGGCGUGUGGGGCUCGUAUCGCCAACCGCACCGACGAGCUGCGCGAGGAAGACAUCGGCACGGGGGCGGGGCUGUUCGAGGUGAAGAAGAUCGGAGACGAGUACUUCACCUUCGUCACAGAGUGCAAAGACCCGAAGGCCUGCACCAUCCUGCUGAGAGGAGCCAGCAAGGAGAUCCUCGCUGAGGUGGAGAGGAACCUGCAGGACGCCAUGCAGGUGUGUCGUAACGUGCUGCUGGAGCCCUUCCUGUUGCCGGGCGGCGGCGCCAUAGAGAUGGCAGUGUCGAAGCGUCUGAUGGAACGUUCCCGCGCUCUCACCGGCGUCGAACAGUGGCCGUACCGCGCCGUGGCCACGGCCCUGGAGGUCAUCCCCCGCACGCUGAUCCAGAACUGUGGAGCCUCCACCAUCAGAGUGCUCACGUCCCUGAGGGCCAAACACACUCAGGAGAACUGUGUGAGUUGGGGUGUGGAUGGGGAGACAGGCUGCCUGUCUGACAUGAACGAUCUGGGCAUCUGGGAGCCGCUGGCUGUUAAAGCUCAAAUCUACAAGACAGCCGUCGAGACGGCCAUCUUGUUGCUGCGUAUCGAUGACAUCGUCUCCGGCCACAAGAAGAAAGACAAAGACGAGCAGAUGGGAGGACCAGGAGCCGAGUAGAUCCAGAAACAUGAUCAACAUCAGAGUCUGCGUGUGUGUGUGUGUGUGUGUGUGUGUGUGUGUGUGUGUGUGUGUGUGUGUGGGGACCAGACGACUCACUGAAACUUUAAACGUUCAAUAAAGUUAAAGUUAGAAACCCG